GCCGCGAGGCUGGAGGAAGGGCUGCUCUGCACGCACCUAUGUGGAAACUAAGGUCCAGAGAAAAAGUCUGACUUGCUGUACAGCCAGUGAGAGACUGAAGCAGGACCAGAGCCUGGCCAUGGUAGCUUUAUCAAUGGUCCUUGUUUUCCUGCUGGCUCUGAACAGAGGGGAGAGUGAGUUGGAUGCCAAGAUCUCAUCCUCAGAGAAGGGCACAGAAUGGGGGGGUCCUGACCUGUCCCUGCCGGAGUCCUGCCAGCCAGCGCCCACCUGCCAGAAAUGCAUCCUCUCACACCCAAGCUGUGCCUGGUGCAAGCAACUGAACUUCACCGCGUCGGGGAAGGCAGAGGAGCAGCGCUGUGGCCAGCGACAGGAGCUGCUGGCCCAGGGCUGCCCCCCGGGGGAGCUGGAGGAGCCCCGUGGCUGGCUGGAGGUGCUUCAGGACCAGCCACUCAGCCAGGGUGACCGCGGCGAGGGGGCCACCCAGCUGGCGCCGCAGCAGGUCCGGGUCACGCUGCGGCCGGGGGAGCCCCAGCAGCUCCGCGUGCGCUUCCUCCGGGCUGAGGGCUACCCCGUCGACCUGUACUACCUUAUGGAUCUGAGCUACUCCAUGAAGGACGACCUGGAGCGCGUGCGCCAGCUUGGGCAAGACCUGCUGGUGGGGCUGCAGAAGGUCACCCAUUCCGUGCGCAUCGGCUUUGGUUCCUUCGUGGACAAAACGGUGCUGCCCUUCGUGAGCACAGUGCCCUCCAAACUUCGCCACCCCUGUCCCACCCGGCUGGAGCGCUGCCAGCCGCCGUUCAGUUUUCACCACGUGCUGUCCCUGACCUCGGAUGCUAAGGCCUUCGAGCGGGAGGUGGGACGCCAGAGCGUGUCUGGAAACCUGGACUCCCCUGAAGGUGGCUUUGAUGCCAUUCUGCAGGCUGCACUCUGCCAGGAGCAGAUUGGCUGGAGAAAUGUGUCCAGACUGCUGGUGUUCACUUCCGAUGACACAUUCCACACAGCUGGGGAUGGGAAGUUGGGUGGCAUUUUCAUGCCCAGCGAUGGGCACUGCCACUUGGACAGUAAUGGCGUCUAUAGUCGGAGCCCAGAGUUUGACUACCCCUCUGUGGGUCAGGUAGCCCAGGCCCUCUCUGCAGCAAACAUCCAGCCCAUCUUUGCCGUCACCAGUGCCACAUUGCCUGUCUACCAGGAGCUGAGUAAACUGAUUCCUAAGUCUGCAGUGGGGGAGUUGAGUGAGGACUCCAGCAACGUGGUGCAGCUCAUCAUGGAUGCCUAUAAUAGCCUGUCAUCCACUGUGACCCUUGAACACUCUCCACUCCCUCCUGGGGUCCACGUCUCUUAUGAAUCUCAGUGUGGGGAUCCUGAGAAGAGGGAGCGUAAGGCUGGGGACCGGGGCCAGUGCAACCAGGUCCGAAUCAACCAGACGGUGAAUUUUUUGGUUACUCUCCGAGCUACUCACUGCCUCUCAGAGCCCUAUCUCCUGAGGCUCCGAGCCCUCGGCUUCUCAGAGGAGCUGACUGUGGAGCUGCACACACUGUGCGACUGUAACUGCAGUGACACCCAGCCCCGGGCUCCCUACUGCAGUGAUGGCCAGGGGCUGCUGCAAUGCGGGGUGUGCAGCUGUAACUCCGGCCGUCUGGGUCGACUCUGUGAAUGCUCUGAGGCUGAACUGUCCUCCCCAGAUCUGGAAUCUGGGUGCCGGGCCCCCAAUGGGACAGGGCCCUUGUGCAGCGGGAAGGGACGGUGUCAGUGUGGACGCUGCAGCUGCAGUGGACAGAGCUCCGGGCCUCUGUGCGAGUGUGAUGAUGCCAGCUGUGAGCGACAUGAGGGCAUCCUCUGUGGAGGCUUUGGCCGCUGCCGUUGUGGAGCCUGUCAUUGUUAUGCCAAUCGCACGGGCAGAGCAUGUGAGUGCAGCAAGGAUACGGACAGCUGUGUCAGUGCUGAGGGAGGGAUCUGCAGCGGGCACGGACACUGCACGUGCAACCGCUGCCAGUGCCAGAACGGCUACUACGGCGCCCUAUGUGAGCAGUGCCCAGGCUGCAAGACGUCAUGCGAGAGACACAGGGACUGUGCAGAGUGUGGGGCCUUUGGGACUGGUCCCCUGGCCGCCAACUGCAGCGUUGCUUGUGCCAACGCCAACGUGACUCUGGAUUUGGCCCCUAUCCCGGAUGAUGGCUGGUGCAGAGAGAGGACCCUGGACAACCAGCUCUUCUUCUUCCUGGUGGAGGAGGAAGCCAGAGGCAGGGUCAUACUGCGAGUGAGACCCCAAGAGAAAGGAGCAAAUCACACCCUGGCCAUCGUGCUGGGCUGUGUGGGGGGCAUCGUGGCAGUGGGACUGGGGCUGGUCCUGGCUUACCGGCUUUCUGUGGAAAUCUAUGAUCGCCAAGAAUAUAACCGCUUUGAGAAGGAGCGGCAGCAGCUCAACUGGAAGCAGGACAGCAAUCCUCUCUACAGAAGUGCCAUCACGACCACAGUCAAUCCCCGCUUUCAGGGGGCCCCAAGUCCCUUGCUCUGAAUGGGGAAGAGGAACACUCAUCCCAGGACUCUUCUAUUUUCUCUCAGCUGCCCGGUAGGGCACUGCUGAGGAAGGGCCACCACCUACUUCCUGCUCAACGACAGUCGAGGGCGGCCUCUUGCUGCAACCGUGCUUCCCUACCUCACGAGGAGUGUGGGGCUAGCCCCCUGCUCCCUGUAGAUAAUAAAGGGUCUUACCUCAGA